AUGGCGCCGCACGCAGCCGUCCUCCUCUCUCUACUGGCGCUCGCCCUCGCGGCGCCGCUGGGCGUGCGCGCGGCGGACACGCACCUCCACUUCUUCCUCCACGACCAAGUCUCCGGCAGCAACCCGACGGCGGUGCAGAUCAUCAAGGGCCCCGGCUCCGCCUCCAGCGCCUUGGGGGGCAUGGCCUUCGGCGACACGACCGUCAUCGACGACGCGCUGACGGAGACCCCGUCGGCGACGUCCGCGGCCGUGGGGCGCGCGCAGGGCUACUACAUGAUGUCGUCGCAGUCGGGCGCGGUGCUGAUGGUGUGCGUCAACCUGCUGCUCACCGCGGGGGACUACAACGGCAGCACGCUCGCCGUCAUCGGCCGCGACGACGUCACGGCCACCACGCGGGAGCUCUCCGUGGUGGGCGGCACCGGCAAGUUCCGGAUGGCCACCGGCUACGUGAUGUGGAGGACCAACAGCUCCAGCGGCCCCGACGUCACCGUCGAGCUCGACGUCUACGUCGCCGCGCUCAACGGCUCGAGCACCAUCCCCGCCGACGCGCCCGUCUCCCCCAUCGACGGCGGCAGCGGCGGCGGGACGGGCGGCGGAUCCAGCGGGAAGUCGUCUUCCGGCGCGGCCGCGCUGCUGCCGUACGGGUGGGCCAACGCGGUGGUGGCCGCCGUCCUUGUAGCUCUGGCCGGUUUCGUUUGGUGAGCAGAGCUCGAUCCACCAUGGGUGAGAGUCAGUGAGUGGGGUCCACUAUCGAUACAAACAUGAGAUAGAUCUAGAAGGAGAUGCGUUGCGUGCAUUAUUGGAGUGAGACGAGACAUCGGUCGGUGUAGUGCUGCGUGUUUGGUGGUGGCGGCAGAUGGAUGCCUUUUCUUGCCGUUGCUUUUGCUGAUGUGCACAUGACAUUCGUGAGAGGUUACUUUCUUCUAUAUUCGUGUGAUAGAAUUCAACUAGAAGAACCGAUUCCAUCUUUUCUUGGUUGUCAA